AUGGAGCCGGCCGGAGCGAUGGACUCGCCCGGAGCGCAGGCCCUGCUGUCGCCGUCCGCCUUGCCGGGCGCUCUCUCCGACGUUCUGCACCGUCUCUCCGCGCCCGAGGCGCGGCGGGGCCGUGCGGCCCGGGAGCAGGCGCUGGGCGAGCUGGGCGCGCUCCUGGAAGCCGCGGAGGGCGGCCGGCUGCUGGCGGACGACGACGGCAUGGCCGAGCUCCUGGGGCGGGUGGCCCGGGCCCUGGAGACGUGCGCGGCGCCGGCCGGGGAGGAGGAGCGGGGCGGCGGGCAGGCCGAGAGGGCGGCCCGAGCCGGGCGGCUGCUGCUGCGGGUGCUGGGCGCGGCGGGCCGGGCGGGCCUGCGGCACGUGGCGGGGCCCGUGUACCUGUUCGCCGUCACGCACGGCGCCGAGCGGCCCUGGAGCAGCCCCGAGUCCCGCGCCGUGGCGGCCGAGGCGCUGGCCUCGCUGCUCCGGGCCGCCGGCUGCAGCUCCGUGGCCGGCUUCCUGCGCGGGGAGACCGCCGAGGACCGGGGCCGCUUUGGCGGGAUCCUGGGGCUGCUCAGACCCCAGCUGAACAAGGACUCCUGGAAGAAGAACCCGGCCGUCAAGCACAUAUUCUCAUGGACACUGCAGCAGGUCACUCGCCCCUGGCUGAGCCAACAUUUGGAAGGGGUCCUCCCUCCGUCGCUGCUCAUCUCGGAUGAUUAUCAAACUGAGAACAAGAUCCUGGGCGUGCGCUGCCUGCAGCACAUUGUGCUCAAUGUGCCAGCGGCAGAUUUGCUCCAGUAUAACAGAGCCGAGGUCCUGUACCAUGCCAUUUUCAACCACCUGUAUGCACCAGAGCACCAGCUCAUUGAGGCUGUCCUCCCGUGCCUGCUGGACUUAUUCCCCGUCCUUGAGAAAGGCCUGCAGUGGAAGGGAGAGGCGUCCCGCCCCACCACGCACUGUGACGCGGUCCUGCAGCUGGUCCUGACCCACAUGGAGCCUGAGCACCGCAUCCUGCUGCGCAGGACCUACGCCAGAAACCUGCCAGCGUUCGUCAGGAGGCUGGGGAUCCUAACUGUGAGGCACAUGAAAAGGCUGGAGCGAGUCAUCCUUGGCUAUCUGGAGGUCUAUGAUGGCCCAGAGGAAGAGGCCAGACUGAAGAUACUGGAGACCCUGAAACUGGUCAUGCAGUGCACAUGGCCCAGAGUUCCCUGUAGACUUGUGGUUUUUCUGAAGGCUCUCUUGAAGCUCAUAUGUGAUGUAGCAAGGGAUCCAAGCCUUACACCUGAACCUGUUAAGAGUGCCCUGCUGCAGGAGGCCACGGAGUGCCUGAUUAUCCUGGACCACUGCUCGCACGGACAGGUGAAGAUUCUCCUGGCCAAAGUUCUCCAAAGCUGUGAAGACCAUAAGGUGGUGAGCUGUCUGAGAAAAGUGCACCAGGCUUCUGAAGCUGCCCCCCAGCAAGGAACGUAAGACACCCAAGAAGAAAGGGUUUUCUUCCUAUCUCAUGUUGUACAGAUGGAGUCUCUGAUACUGAACAUUGGCCUUGUCAAAAGCGUGAAUGGGGAAGUUGUAGAUGUCGCCGUACUGAAGAACAGGAACACAGGUGGCUUCAAACACUUCUGGACGUUACACUUCAAGUCCCUCUGUCCCAUAAGCUUGCUUUCAGCGAUUUAUGACAGUGUCUGU